AUGGGCAGAAGACGGGUAAAAAGAAGAAUCAACAUUCCAAAGAGGCAGUCCAGGCUCGAAAAGAGAUUCAACUGCCCCGUGUGCAACCAUGAAAACGUUGUCCAGUGCACAGUCAAAAAGACGCUGAUGAAGGGAUUUGCCAACUGCUCCGUGUGUGAGGCAAGCUUCGCCUGCGAUGCCAAUAAGCUCACCACUGGAAUUGAUGUAUACUCUGCCUGGGUUGAUGAGUGCUGCAAGAGGUAG